CAAAAGAUGGCUGCCGUAAAUGACGGAAUAUUAGUCGUCACGUUAUGCUACUUCGUUUGACUUGUAGAGCCAAUGAUUGAAAUGAUUACUGCAUUCAUACACUAGAUGAAAAAGUUAGGCGAGUAACUGUGCAAUAUUGAGCUGAUUUGUGCCAUCGAAGCCUAGGAAACAGCACUAAAUGGAAAGUCCGAUGGACACGCCAUCUACCGGCGAUAGUUCCGGCGAAGCACCGCCUGCAAAAAGCUCAAAGCUAGACAGUUUGGUAAAAAGAUUGGCAACUGAAAGAUCAGAUUCUCCAGUUCCUUCUCCUAAAUCUGCAGAUGCAACUGCUAGCAGAAGUGGGGCAUCAAGAAGAAAAGCUAAGGUGACUCACAAACACAUUGAGGAUGAAGAUGCUCUGCCAGAUAGUGAGCCAUUUGCUCCCCCAGAAGAUGGUGCUGCAGAGAUAACCAGCCCGGUCCAAAGUAGAGAGAAUUCCACCCCUGCAAGCCCAGAGCCUGGCCCCAGCACAAGAGAGGAUAAUAUAGAUGUGGACGAGUCUGGCAAUCUGAUUUUGCCUGAGGGCACUGUAGUUGUUCAACCAGAAGCUGUCGAUGAUAAAGACGCCUUCAAAGGACCAGAAUUCCGAGGCUCUGGACGCAAGAAACAGGAAGUCUCCACAUUGCCUAUAUGUGGUGGAUUUGCAGUGACCCAGUCUAUAUUCUGUACAGCAUGCAACAAGCAGAUUAACCCUAAUGGUGCUGGUAACAUCAAGAGACACCCUGUAUUGAAGGUUCUUGUCUGCAAGAGAUGCUAUAACUGGUACACAAGUGCUGAGAUAGACCAGGACAGUGAUGGGAUGGAUGAGCAGUGUCGCUGGUGUGGAGAGGGAGGAAACCUGCUUUGCUGUGACACGUGUAGUAAUGCCUUCUGCAAGGGAUGCAUCAAACGCAACUUGGGAAGAGCUGAAUUAUCAGCUCUAAUGGACUUAGAUGACAAAGAGAAGUGGAAGUGCUAUGUCUGUAAUCCUAUCCCAUUGGCUGGCCUCAUCAAGAAAUGUGACGAGAUCCUGAAAGAAUUCACAAAGUACCACAUGGAGCAGGAACGUAAACGAGCUGCAUCAGCUCAGGUCCACGAAGUAAAGAAGAAGCCUCUUCCUGGUAAACCUUCACCUGUACCUAAUAGGCCACCUGGUCGUGUUCAAACUGGGAACUUGAAGGUUGUUUCAGGCCCCAGGCAAGUCAUUAUGGCCAACCAGGCUACUAGAGGUGGUAUGCAACCGCAGCGUGGUGGAAUCCGUCCUGGAAUGCCACAGAGAGGAGGUAUCCAACAAAGAAAUUUUUCUCCUCGACAACAACAGCAGCAGCAACGUCCUACAGGGCAGGUUAGACCAGGACAGGUUAGACCAGGACAGAAUAUACCACCUGGCCAAAUUAGACGUGUCAAUAACAUGCCUGCAACCAGCAUGGUAACGCCAUUUAGAAUAAAUGAAAGCAAUUUGGGAAUCUCCUUAGAGAAAUUCCUAGCAGCUACCCAAUCUAUGAUGAUGCUGCUCCAGAGUCUUAAAAAUGACUACAAUGGUACCAAAAUCGCUAAAUCAGAGGUUGUGAAUCGAUUACGUCGUGCUCUUGCCUCAUAUAAGGAAAAUAUCCGUCUUAUUGAAACCUGCCAAGUGAAGCCGGCAAUGAGGAAUAAACAAGGACAACCAGUAGGAGUUAACAAGCAGACUUUUACAGUUGGGAAUAAACAGUUCCAGUCAAUUCCAGGGACUAGACAGGUCGUUACAACUGGAGCAGGACGAGGAGGUAGAACUGGUCGACCCACAGUAAGGUCAAAUGUACAGAAAGUUGCUCCAGCAAAACCAAUACGGCCAGCGGGUGAAGUGAUCAGUGAAUCUCACCGUUUAGAUGGAUCUUAUCUGAUUGUUAGUAAUGGUAAAGGAGGCACCGUUGAGGUCAAAGUUGAUGAGAAUACAUUGCAGAAUCUUGCGGCAAUUACAAGUGCCGCAGCCAAAGAUCAGCAACGGGAAGCAACAAAGCCAAAACCUGCCAGUGAUCCUGAUGAAAUCAUCAUCCUUGAAUCAGAUGAAGAAGACGAACCCAAAAAGGCUAAAGCCUCCCCUAGUGAGGUUGGAGAUGGUGAUGCAAAGAUGACCAAUGGGACAAAAGGUGGAGAAGAUGACACCAAGAAAAACUCUGAAGAUGAUGUUGUCACAAACGAUGAUGACGAUGAUGGAGAUGACAAUGAGAAGAACAAAAAAGAUGGAAAUAAAUGGAAAAUGAAGCUUAAUUUUGGUACCAAAAGGAAACGUGAAAGUGGAUCAUCAAGUGAAUCUGACACCAAAGAUAACACUAAAGAGGACAGCGAUGAGGAAGAGGCAGAAUCAAUGAGAAAAGUUCGUCCGGGACCAAAAAGUUUUAAACUAAGAAAUAAGAACUCUCCAAUGAAAAAGGCUACUUCUGCCAAACAGGCUGUUCUGAAUAAGGAACACGAAAAUACAGAAACAGUAAAAGAAGAACCCAAAGAUGAGGCAAAAGAUGAAGAGAUGAAAGAAGAAAAAGAUAUCUCUGAUGUUAAAGAGGAAGAUGAUGCUGUAAAUGAUACCACCGAAAAUGAAGAAGUGAAAGAUAUCACAGAAGAUACACAUGAAGAAGUUAAACAAGAAGGUGACACAAUGGAAGAUGACCCUAGUGAAGUAUUAGAAGAAAGUGAAGAACAUAAAGAAAAUGGUCACAAUGUGGAAGAAAAUGCUGAUGAUGUAGAUAUGAUUGAUGAUUCAGAAGAUACACAUGAAACAAUAAAAGAGAAAGUCAAAGAGAAAAUGGAGGAUGAGUUAGGACAGGCUGAUUAUGUAGAUGGUACAAAUGAUCAUAUGACUUUACUAUGGACCCCAGAUGAUAUAAGCAGUGAUCAUAAAGGUAUUAAUAGUGGACAAGGGCCAUCAUCAGAUUAUUUAGAUGGAGUAAAUGACAAUGUCACAAUUAUAGCCAAUCCUAUAGAUACUCAAAAAGAACUGUUUACAUCAUCAGAAGAUGAAUCUGAAAGUAGUGGAAGUAUAAAUAAAGUUAUUACUGGAAUAACAGUUAAUUAUGACAAUAGUCAACAAUCAUCUAGUGAUCCAGAGAGUGAUAAAGAAAGCAUAAAAGAAAAUGGAAUUAGUACUGAGGACUCAAGUAAAGAGGAUGAAGAAAACACAAAAACUAACCAUGAUAGUGAAAGGGAAAAUAUUGACAAUGGAAAUGAAAAUAAUGACAGUGGAAAAGAAAAAAAUAAUGACAAUGAAAGUAAAAUAUCUGACAGUGAAAACACUACACCUGGUGCUGAGCAAACAUGUGAAUCUGAAAGUAAAACUGAAAAAGAACAAUCUGAUAUGAAAGAAUCAACUGAACCAAAAGUCACGAAAGAACUUGAUAAUAAUGAUGACAGUGAUACUAUGGAUCAGGAUAUUAAAUCUGUAAAAGAUGAUAUCAAAGAUGAUGAUGAUAAUGAGAAAAGUGAAAAACCUCAAAAGGUUUGGAAGGAGGUUAAUAUACAAGAUGACAGUAGUAGCAGUGAUGAUGAUGAUGAUGUUACCCCUACCCCUGUCAAAGCUUUCUUCAAGCAAUUUAAAUCCACCCCUGAAGAAGAGGAAACAGUUGAUGCGGGAAAGGUUGAGGUACAAGAUGACCCUGACAACUACAGAAUUGAAAUGGAUGAUUCCGAUGCUAAUGAUGACACUGAAAUGAUGGACACUAGUGUUGUCAAUUUAGAAUCUGAUCAGUUAAAUGAAGAUGAAAGUUUAAAUGUCGAUAACCCUGAUAACUACAGAGUUGAUAUUGAUUUAGAAGAGGAAAUCGAACCUAAGAAAACACCACCAAAGAAAAAAUGUGGUCCGAAAUCUAAGCGUAAAAAAGUUGAUAGCGAGUCUGAUGAUGAGAAUGAUGAUCGUACUUUGGAAGAUGUAGAAGCACAGAAAGAGCUCUUAAAAGAGAUGCUUGAUUCUGAGUCCGAGUCCGACUCUGAGUUUGAGUUCUCUGACUCUAGUGAAGAUGGAGUUGAUAAAUCUUCAGGUGAUGAAUUCAAACCUCAGAACAGCUCAACGUCCAAGAAUUCAAAGAAACUUAAAGGAAAGGAUAGGUCCAAAUUGAAAGAUGGCAAGAAAUCUCUAAGAAAGCGACACAAAAGUUCAGAUAAAAAUGACAGUAGCCGUGAUAAAAUAUCUGAGAAAAGGCGACGGAGAAGUUCAAAUUCUGAGAAACACAACAGUGGUAAAGACAAGUCCAUUAAAAAGCCAAUAAGACCUUUAAGUAAACAAAAGGAUAAAUUAAAACUACCUGCUAAAGUGGUUCUUGUUCCUAUAACAGACAGUGAUAUCUCUGAUUGGUCGAGGGGAGUUAGCCCAAAUAGAUCAAAACCAAAACCAAAAAGUCACCAAAAGUUGAAGAAACCACGUCGUGAAUCCUCAUCAUCCAAUCACGAUUCUGAUUUAGAGGAUGAGAUAGAACGCCUAUCUAAGAUGCCAGCUAAAAAGGGUAAAAGUCGGCAAAAGAAAAGUGAUGGAAUGGAAAAAUCAAAAAAAGAAUCCUCAAAAAAAGAAAAAGUUAAAAGAUUACCUGGCAAGAAGAAAAAGAAGAAAGAAGAGAGUUCAGACUCUAGCAGUAGCUCAACAAGUGAAGAAGACGAAGUCAGCCUCAGUGACUCAGAAGACAGAUCUGAUGUUGAUAUGAAAAAGUUGAAAUCUAAAGUGCCAUCUGAUGACGAGAAUGCAAGAGCCAAGAGAGCCAUGCUUGCAGAGAUGAAUGAUAGUGAUACAGAGGAAGACUCGGACACUGUUGAUGAAGAUGCCACAUCCGAUUCAGAUAUCAAAAAAGUUAAGAAGAAAUCUGCAACUAAAGACUCGAGUAAUACAAUGUCAGAUUCAGAUGAUUCUAUAGGAAAGCCCAAGAAAAAAGCGCCAUAUCAAGACCCCUUACUCCGACAGGGUCUCUCCAGUUCUGAUUCGGAUUCCGACUUUAUGGCUACACCUGUGAAGAAAAAUCGUAAAAGGACCAAACGAUCCAGUUCCUCUGAUUCAGAUGAACUAAACGAAACUGAAAGUGAGAGUGACAGUGAUUUCAAAACAAAGAAGCCAAGCAGAAAGAAGAAAAGGACAUCGACAUCUGAUAGUGACUCUGAAGAAGACACCAAGAAGAAAAAGAAAGGAAAGGGCAAGGGGAAAGGGAAAAAGAAAAAGCGACGACGGAUAAAGCGAAUGAAGAACUCCAGUGAUUCUGAUAGCAGCAGUAGUGAUAGAGACAAGGGGAGCUCAGAUGAAUCUGGCUCUGGUUCGGACAUUCCAGGGAGUGCCAAGAAAAGAAAGAAGAUCCGUAAACUUCUGAAGAACAAGAGUCUGAAGGAUGAGACAAAGAAUGCCCUGAAGGAAGAACAGGACAGGAGAGAGAGGAUAAAACUUAAACAGAGUAGGUACAAUAGAGUGACCCAGAUAGAAGAUUCCAGCUCCCCAACCAAGUGCCCAAUCACAACUGAAUUAAUCCUUGAGAAGGAUGAGGAAGAUGAUAAGGUCUUAGUUAAGGUGGACAAAACUCUGGUCAGGUGUCUGAAACCACAUCAGGUUGAAGCUGUUCAAUUCAUCUAUGACUGUACAGUGGAAAAUGUGAAACGUCUGAAAAAAGAGGAAGGAUCUGGCUGCAUCUUAGCUCACUGUAUGGGUCUUGGCAAAACUUUAUCUACUGUUACAUUCGUCCACACAAUGCUUACUACAAAGAUCGCCAAACAGCGGACCUGUCUGGUUGUUUGUCCCCUCAACACUGUCCUGAACUGGGUGAAUGAGUUCGAAAUUUGGAUAACAGAAAAACUGGAUGAGAAAAAACACUUAGAUAUUUAUGAGCUCUCCACCAUCAAGAAUGCCACAGAGCGUGCUGACUACCUCGAACAGUGGAUGGAAGGGGGUGGAGUUAUGGUCAUUGGUUAUGAAAUGUUUAGAAAUCUUGCCAGUGGAAAGAAUAUCAAAAAGAAAAAAGUUAAAGAAAGUUUUGCAAAGUCUUUACUCAAUCCAGGUCCAGAUAUUGUUGUAUGUGAUGAAGGCCACAUCUUAAAGAAUGCAGAUACAGCAGUCUCCAAGGUAAUGAACCAGAUGAAGACAAGACGGAGAGUCAUCCUUACUGGAACCCCUCUACAGAACAAUCUCAUUGAAUACCAUUGCAUGGUGGAUUUUGUAAAACCUAACCUGCUUGGUACAAAGAAAGAGUUCAGCAAUAGGUUCGUCAACCCUAUAGCCAAUGGUCAGUGUGCCGACUCCAGUAGUUAUGACGUGAAACUCAUGAAGAAACGUGCCCAUAUAUUACAUGAGAUGUUAGAUGGCUGCGUACAGAGAAAAGACUACAGUGCCCUAGUGAAGUACCUACCUCCUAAGUUGGAGUAUGUCGUAUCAAUACGUCUCUCCCCUGUACAGAUAAAGAUGUAUAGACAAUACCUUGAUAUGAAUGUAGACCCCACACAAGAUAAGGUGAAAGGUGCAAGGCUUUUUGCUGACUACCAACAGUUGAUGAGGAUCUGGACUCACCCUUAUGUACUCAAAUUACAUGAAGUUCGAGAGGAAAACAAGAGACAGUUUGAUGAUGAAGAUUCCUUUCUUGGUAGUGAGAACGAUUAUGACAGCAACUCAUCAUUCAUUGACAAUGACAGUGAGAUAUCUCUAGUCUCUGAUAAAAGUGACGAUGACAUACUCUGUUUAAGUUCUGAUGAUGAUGGUCCCAAAAAAGGAAGGAAAACAAGAGCUCAGAGAAAGGAGGCCAAUGAGAAGAAAGCUCGUAAUGACAAAGAUGAAGUGGUGAAUAAAUGGAAAUCUAGCACCCGUGGUGGGGAAGGAAGUGGGAGGAACUCAGUCGUGCCUGAAGAUGAAGAUUCAAAUCUGCCAAUCAGCAGAGAGUGGUGGGGGUCACAUGUCUCAGAGGAGGAUCGUUAUAAAGUAGAGCUCAGUGGGAAGAUACAUCUACUGUUUGAAGUCCUAAAAGCAUCCGAGGAAAUUGGCGAUAAAGUGCUUGUGUUUAGUCAAAGUCUGCUAUCUCUUGAUAUAAUCGAAGAUUUCUUAGCACAUGCUGAGGAGGCCAUGGCCUCGCAGAACAAAGAAGAGGAUAAUCUAAAGAAGAUGGCAGGCUUGGGCCAGUGGUCAAAGGGUGUAGAUUAUUUCCGCAUGGAUGGCUCCAGUAAUGCCCAGCAAAGGAAGAGAUCGGCUGAAGAAUUCAAUGACCCAGAAAACUAUAGGUCAAGACUGUUCCUGAUCUCAACAAAAGCUGGUUCUCUUGGGACAAAUCUGAUUGGUGCAAACCGUGUGAUCCUUUUUGACGCAUCGUGGAAUCCAUCACAUGAUAUUCAGUCUAUAUUCCGUGUAUUUAGAUUUGGACAGGAAAAACCUGUUUAUAUCUACAGAUUCCUUGCUCAGGGUACUAUGGAAGAGAAGAUUUAUGAGCGUCAAGUGACCAAGCAAUCUCUAGCCCAGCGUGUAGUCGAUGAGCAUCAGAUAGAUCGUCAUUUCACAGCACGGGAUCUCAAGGAACUCUACAAUUUUACUCCAGAUAUACUUGAAGAAGGCAAAGAAAAGCCUAUUCCUAUUCUUCCAAAGGACAUGCUAUUGGCUGACCUACUAAAGUCCCAAGAAGACUGGAUUGUUAAAUACCACGAACACGACUCAUUGUUAGAGAAUAAAAUAGAUGAAGGAUUGACGGAAGAGGAGCGUAAAGCAGCCUGGGAUGAGUUUGAAAAUGAAAAGAAGAGAGGAGUCAUGACCCACUCCAGACCAAAUGGUAUGGCCCAGCCAGGACUUGGCCUAAAUCCAGCAUACAACCAUCUUGUCAACAACUCCGCCAUGAACUAUAACCCCAUGUAUCAACAGGCACCUGGUGGUAUUGGAGGUGGGGUCUCAUACCCCAACCUUAUGGGGAUAGCAAAGAUGAUCCUUCAAAGGAACCCUGGUAUAUCUCAACCUGACCUCCAAGACCGUAUUCAGCAAGUUGUCCGCACACAGCUUGCAAACCAACAACACCAAGCACAACUGUUUUUGCAACAGCAGCAAAGAAGACAGAUGGAAGAGAACAUGAGGAUGGACAGGCUAAGGAUGGAGGCUCAGUACAGAGCUAGAACAGGAGCUGCCCCAGAAUCUGCCUCCUCUGCCCUACAGAAUCUACUGACCAACCAGAGGAAAUAGUGCACAUUAUGAGAGGAACUAGUGCACAUUAUUAGAGGAAUAAGUGCUUAGGAGAGGAAAUAGUGCAAAUUAGAAGAGGCAAUUCAAGUUUUUUACAAAAUCAAGAUGAACAUUCUUAACAUGUCCACAUGUUAAUAAACUCCUCAUUAUGACAUGUUAAUGAAAACUACAUGCAGUGUUAACUAAAAGCUCAUGGCAUAAGGAACACAACAUGCAAUGUUAAUGAAUAGUUCAUGACAUGUUAAUGAACACUACAUGCAAUGUUAAUGAAAAGUUCAUGACGUGUUAAUUAACACUGCAUGUAAUGUAAAUGGACAUUCUUGCGACAUGUUAAUGGAUAAUUCAUAAUGUCAUGUUAAUGAACACUUUAUGACAUGCUAAUUAAACAUGGGAUGUUGAUUAACACAACUUGAUGUGUCGAUGGACUCUUCACACAACUUGACAAAUGC